CGGCUAAGGACCAGAUUGUUGUCAGGAGUCUAUCGAAUACAUACAAUACCUUUUCUGCUUCAUCCAUACUCCGUACCUGCGGCAUUUCUUCUCGCUCCCGCCGGAUAGGUCACAAACAGCUGUUCCGCCUACCACGAAAUAACAAUGCGUACUUCUCCCAACAUUAUCAUCACAGGUACGCCCGGCGUCGGCAAGACCGUUCACUGUGAACAACUCGCGCAGGAGACUGGGUUGAAGCACCUCUCAAUCAACAAAGUUGCAAAGGAGCGAGGUUGCCAUGAUGGAUACGACGAGAAAUUGAAGAGUUGGAUCGUCGAUGAGGACAAGUUACUGGAUGCAAUCGAAGAUGAGGUUGUGCAAGGCGGGUAUUUGAUCGACUGGCAUGCUUGUGAUUUGUUUCCGAAAUCGUGGGUUGAUCUUGUAGUCGUCCUACGUUGUCCAUCAACGUCGAUCUUAUAUGACCGUCUAUCUUCGAGAGGCUAUGGAGAAGAUAAACUACAGGAAAACCUUGAUGCCGAAAUUUUUGAAGUCCUGCUUGACGAAGCGCGACAGUCUUACGACGAGGAAAUCGUUGUCGAGUUGACAAGUGAAACCGAUGACGAGAUCGAAAGCAAUUGUUCUAGAAUCGUCAGUUGGUUAGAUGCGUGGAAACGAGAUCAUGCAACCACAGAUGGAUGAAGGAACCUCGAGCUGCGGGGGAGGAAAUCUCCACCAUAUGCGUGUUCGGACUCGUCUCAAAGCUGCUGCUUCUGUCGCUGCUCUAUGAUCCACUGUCUUAAUUUUUGAAGCGCCUUAUAUCGAUGGGAAAUCACAUUCUGGUUUGUCAUAAGUUAUCUGGCUUGCAGAAAGCAGCGCUCUUUUAGGGAGAGUCCUAUGGGCACUUACCUUCUCCUUCGGAUCCAUUUCAGCAUAAGUUGUUCCCUGGUACUCGAAAAUAGGAUCCCACCCUGGUGACGUUGGGUUAGCUAGGUUUGCAGAAAGGUCAGGAUGCAUUGGUUGAACAAACCGAAUUUCGCUGGGCCACGAGCUGGGACAAUCUUCCCCUACAAGCCGAAAUGUCGCAUUAGCUCCAUCUCUGUUAUAGUUGGAAGAGUGCUUAAUACGUACAUCAGUGCGUCCUUGGAACAAAAUUGGCUCUUCUCCAGGGCCGGCGGCAAAUGCAAAAGUGCAAACGGCGACCGCAGAUUUAUCCUCGAAGGCAUACAGAAGCUUGUUCAAUCCCUCGUGACCUAGCUUUUCAAGGAACC